AUGUCCAGCGAUCCUCCUGCGAACCAUUGGGGCUGUGAAGAAAGCAAUGGGAUCACAAGCGGUGUUGGACCUUCCAGAUCAAGAUUGCUGAGAUCCGCAGUGACGGAAUUGAGCGUGACAGAAUUGGUGAAUAUGUACAAGGAUGACAUGGACAUGUUAAAGCAGGUGCUUGCUGCUAAAGCCGAAGAAGAUAAAGAAAGUAUUUUCCUCCCACAUCAGCCGAGAAGAACCGCCGAAGAAAUUCGAUUGACAGAAGAAGCGCGUCUGCAGUAUAAAUUAAUUGAUUGGGAACGGACCCAUGAUCCUCAUCUAGUGCAUCCCCCACCUUCUCCGCCUCAACCAUUGCUAUUUAAUCCUGUACCUUCUUCCUUUUAUGAUACCAGGGAUCCGAAUCAAGUGACCUCGGCUCGUCCCGAAUCGUCGUCUCCUUCAUUUGCUGUACCCGAGGUUACCAUGGCCUCAUCCAAUCACACGUCAUUUGCCAUGUUACCCAUGGACUUCGAUACACAUUCCUUGGAUGAUCAGAGUUCGUCGUCGUCCGCUGCGGCUGCUUCAUUACUGAGUCCUUCAUCGUCUUACUCUUACUUUGAUCUAAUGUCGCUGCCUUCGGCUCGCGAUGCCGCAGCGGCAAUAACACCAAUUCAGGAGACAAGUGAGGGUCACGUUAUUCCUGCUGACACGCCUGGUCUGAUGAAUCAUUCAUCGUCAUCGACGAGCAAAGGCAAGCAGCCAGACACUGGGGCCGCGUCCGCUUCCAGUUCCCCUUUAUCCACGCCGGAUGACAAGUCACUGGCUCAUCACCGCGUCAUGGAAGCAUUGCGUGCGAAACUACGUCGAUCUCAAUCAGCGCAACAUCAGCAAGAUCUUCUUCGUUCCACCAGUCCCACCACAGGCAUUCUUCUUCUCGAUCUGAAAAGUCGAAAAAAGAACCGAAAAAGAUCAGGCUCCUACCUUCGAAAAUGCUAA